GCUCGCCGCUCGUAGCACUAGUGUGACUAAAUACUCGGUGAUAGUGCAUCUUACAGUGAUAUUUGAAAGUGAUUUUCAGUUACAUGUGACGUACUAUGUGCGCUGUGACGGAUACCUGGGCCCAGGAUUGGCCCGUUUGAUGUUGCGGAAAAAUGGUAAAAUUAUGAAGAAAACGUGAACACUUCAUCAAUGGUAUUCUUCUUGGAAUUCCUUUUAAGAUGAAAUGGCGAGUGGCUGGCGGGAUGGGCUUACCACUUGCUGCCGCUGUCCUCUUCACGCUGCCUCUGUUCACGUCCUCCACGGGCGAUAUAAGACAUCACGGGACCUCCAGGGCGCGGGGCUGGCGCGGCGGCGUCCAGGCCAACGCUGACGUCACGGCCAACAACUCCAUCAGCAACGUCACUGCUCAGCUGGGCGGGACCGCUUACCUGCACUGCCUGGUUGGACACUUGAGUGAGAGAGGCCAAGUUUCCUGGAUCAGGAAAAGGGACUGGCACAUAUUGAGCUCCGGGAAGUUUACUUACACAAACGACGAGCGAUUUCAGGUCCUACAUGGAGAAGGGUCUGAGGAUUGGACGCUUCAGAUUAAAUUUGUCCAAAAAAGGGACAAUGGCACCUACGAAUGUCAGGUGUCAACAAGGACAGGGAUUGUGUCCCACUACGUGCGACUACAGAUAGUGGUGCCGGAGGCGUUUAUACUGGGCUCUGGAGAACACCACGUCGACCUGGGAAGUGUCAUCCACCUCAUUUGUAUCGUUGAAAAGAGUCCAACACCUCCCCAAUACGUGUUCUGGUACCACAACGAGCGGAUGAUCAACUACGACGCGACGCGCGGCGGCAUCACAGUGGAAACGGAGCCGGGUGCUCGCACACAGAGCCGUCUCACAGUCAGAGGCGCCACGCUAAAGGACUCGGGGAAUUAUACGUGCAGCGCUAGCAACACCGAGCCCGCGUCGAUACACGUGUUCGUCUCUGAAGGCAGUAAGUGUCUCACCAUAGAGCUGGCU